CAGUCAUAUAGGUCGGCCGAUUGACAUUAUCUGUAUAUUAUUUAUCAUGUUAGUGCAUUCAGUUUGUGUGAAAGUCUCUCCUUAGAGUUAAAAAAUAGUAUGUGAAGUAUUCUUAUUAUUUUCAAUCUCCACAAGAUUCACUUCUGAACCAGGGAUCAUUAUGGGAAUUAUGGACUAUUUUAGCGGUUGGUGCAAAAGCAAGAGGCGAUUAGAUGGCCUUACAGUUGUCGUAACGGGAGCCAAUGCUGGUAUUGGCAAAGAAACUGCGUUAGAUCUGUACGAUAGAGGUGCUAAAGUAAUUAUGGCAUGUCGUAAUACUCAGAAAGCAGAAGAAGCCAGAUCAGAAAUAAUUUCAAAAUCUAACACUAAGUCUGGAAGUCUAGUUAUCGAAAGCCUGGAUCUGUCAAGGCUAAAAUCUGUGAAAGAAUGUGCUCGUAGAAUACUGGAAAGAGAACAAGAAAUAAAUAUCCUCAUAAAUAAUGCGGGUGUAAUACGUACUCAUGGAAGAACAGAAGAUGGUUUUGAAAAGCAAAUCGGAGUAAAUUACUUUGGUCAUGCAAUGUUCACUUUGCUGUUGCUUCCUCGAAUAAUAAGAAGUGCACCGGCUAGAAUUGUGAAUGUAUCGUCAAUGUCUCAUAAAUACUUUGAUGUCGAUCUGGACGACAUUAACAUGGAAAGAACAUCACAAGGCGUCGUCAAGUCUUAUGGAAGAAGCAAAUCAGCAAUUGUAUUAUUUACGAAAGCUCUACACCUCAAGCUACGGGAGCACGGCAUCAACAACGUAAACACGUAUAGUCUACACCCAGGAAGCGUUCAAACAGACAUUGCAAGAGAUUUGUUUGGCAACGUCAUAAUAUUUAUCUUUAAAUAUAUCGGGGGUGCGUUUGUAAAGUCCGCCAAAUGCGGCGCUCAGACGACCAUUUACUGCGCUGUGGAUGAAGCUUGCGAUAAUGAGAGUGGACUCUAUUAUACUGAGUGCUCUGUGUCGGGAACAUCAAGCCUUUGUAGCAGUGAAUCAGCUGCAUAUAAAUUAUACGACAUAACUUUGGGCUCCUUAAAUAUACAAGACUACGACCCAUUCGGCGAAGAAGAUACACCUAGAAGUAUUUUAUAAUUAUACCGUCUAUUUCUCAGCUGUUUGCACUUGAAAUGUUUUAAAGUGCCAAUUUAUACAUUUUUAGUGGCGAAACCACAACUGAAACUAGAUGACUAAGCAAAACAUUGUAAACAAACAACUCUAAAAUGUUAUAUAAUCGUCUCAUCUGUAAUAUUAUGUAUAUAUGUAAUAUCCAUUCAUAAAAAUAAAUAAACCUCAAGUAGUGUGGUAGCAUGUAAAACAGAAUACUCAAAUCACUACGAAAAAAGAAUACAUAUUACCAUCUCACCUUGCAUAUCCUACUGAAAUUAAUAAAAGCUUCCUUAAAAUUCCAGGCAGUGCUGAGAUUCUUGUCUACUCAGACAUAUUAUGAGUUCCAUCGCCAUAGUGACUCUGUUUUCGAUUUUAAACUAGUAAAUGAACGAACGGUAUUUCAGACUUUGAAUUAGUUGAAAUCGCAAGCAGUGGGAAUUGAUGAUAUUUCUUUGGAUAUGCUUAAGCUGACUACAGAAAAAACUCUUACUGUACCUACUCAUAUCAUAAAUGCAUCCUUGUCGUCAAGUAAGUUUCCAGACUUAUGGUGUCAUGCUCUAGUGCGUCCCAUACCAAAAAACGACAAUCCAAAAGACUUUAAAAAACUUCGUCCUAUCAGCAUACUUCCUUGUUUAUCAAAAGCAAUUGAAAAAAUUGUGCAUAAGCAGCUAAUGAGCUUUUUGGGAGUAUAAUGGCAUAUUACCGGAUAACUAGUCAGGGUUUAGAAAACACCGAGGGACAACUACAGCGUUAAUGGACGUAGUGGACAAUAUUCUUACUGCACAAGAUGAUGGGAAGGGUACGAUUUUAUUACUACUUGAUUACUCGCGCGCAUUUGAUACCAUAAAUUCGAGUAUGCUGCUCUCCAAACUAAGUUACUAUGGAUUGAGUCCAAAAGCAAUAAAAUGGUUCCACAGUUACCUAAGUAAUCGAACCCAAACUGUAGUCAUUAUACAGGAAGAUGGAAGUAGGUCAUUCUCUGAUUGUAAUGCUCUUGAGCGCGGAGUACCUCAGGGACCAAUAUUAGGACCGCUAUUAUUUAUCUUGUGUAGUGCCGAUGUAGUUAAAAACAUUAAACAUUGUAAAUAUCAAAUAUAUGCAGGGGAUAUACAACUUUACAUAACUUUCAAGCCAAACGAGAUGUCAGAAGCAGAAAAAAUUAUUAAUUCAGAUGUCAGCCAAAACUAUACUUGGUCGGUAAAUAAUUCACUAGUUCUUAUCCAUCUAAGAUCAAAUUUAUGAUACUGGGAACCCCUAAAGUCGUUGAGCAAAUUGAACGUUACAAUCCUAAAAUAGUUAUUAAUAAUAAAGUUAUUGAGCGAGUUCAUGAGGUUCGUAAUCUAGGAUUAAUAUUUGAACAGAAUCUUAGAUUUGAGAAACAUAAUUAUAAACUCUACUGCUGCGAACUGUUUUUAUCGUUUAAAAGUACUCUAUCGCAUUAGGAACUAUAUAAAUACAAAUCUUCGUGUUAGGUUGUGAUGCUUUGGUACUCUCUAAAUUGAAUUAUAAUGACACUACGUAUGGUCCUAGACUACGAGCCCGCAAAAGUACUAUACAGCGAGUGCAAAAUGCCUGCGCCCGGUUUUGUUGGAAUAUUCCACACAGAUCUCAUGUGAGUCCUUAUCUUAGAGAAGCCAAUAUUCUAAACAUGGAAAGCCGCAGACGGCUACACUUCGCUUGUAUGAUUUUUAGAAUUAUAAAGACAAAAACGCCAGCAUAUCUCUAUUCGAAACUGUUACGGGCAAAUGAGGGCAGGGUGUUGAAUUUUAUAACAAGGAACAUUGUAAAGGCUAAGCUUUGUCCUCCCAAGCAUCACACUGCCGCUCUCAGGGGAAAUUUCAAGUACAGUGCCACCAAGUGCUGGAAUAAUAUACCACCGCCGCUACGGGGUUUAUGUAGUCUUGAAUUAUAGAAAAAAAAAUACAUAUUAAUGACCAAUACCUCCCUACAUCUCCUGCCUUGGUGAGCACUGUUUAAAUUUCAUUGUGUUAUAUAAAUAUAGCUACUCGUAUUUAUUAUUAUUUUUUCUUCCUUAUAUAUUUACACACAAACGUUUUUUAUUAUUUUUGUUAUUGUCAUUAUUUAUUUUUAGUAAUAUUUUUUUUUAAUCUAUUUUUUUUAUAAUAAUUAUUUUAGUGCCACAAUUAAUUAUAUUUUGCUUUUAAAAUAUGUCAGUCCAGCUCCAAACUUCACACAAUGGGUCUCUGAAAAUCAGUGUUGUGCUCAUAAUGUAUGGACACAACUAUAACUGAGUGGACUCCAGUUUUGGAAGACCACUGCCACAUCAAGUUUUGCUUUUGUUUCUUUUGUAUUAAGUAAGUUAAGUAUUAGAUUAAGCAUAUAUUUUGUUCUCAUAAACGUUUUUGUGUGAAUGUGUCAGUUUUUCUUCCAAAAUAAAUUCAUUUUCAUUUCA